AGAAUCAGUAUGGAAGAACUGGUUAUUUAUAUUGAUUCUCAGAGAGCACGGGAGCUAGAUCAGGUUAUUGCAAAACAAAAACCUACAAUUUUUAUUAAUUCUCAGAAAGCUUAUAAUUUAGACCAACAUCUUGCCUUACAGAAGCUGUAUUAUCGCCUUGAGGGCUUUUACCAAAAUGCAAAAGGAUUAUAG